AUGCCCUUAGACCCCAGACUUCGCCUGCUCGUCGCUAUACAUGUCAUUCUUGCUGUUAUCUUAGAACUUGUGGGCCAGCAAGAGCAAUCUAUCGCGGCCAUAUGUGCACUCCUUGAAGGCCGUGGUCUCGACGUACUUUCCGUCGCAGCCGCGAUCCACGGACUUCGUCAGCACCUGCCACCUCCUCAACCUCGCCCUAGACAAGGAGGCCGUCGCAUUACGGAAGCAUGGCUAGGAUCUCUAAGAGAUGAAGAAUGUCGUUGGUACUUCCGAUUCACCUUUCCUGAGCUGAAACGUGUCGUCGCCGCACUCAAAAUACCCGACCCUUGGUAUACCCGCUAUCGCCAUAAAUUUACCGCCCUGGAGGCUUUCUGCAUCCUCGUUUACCGCUUUCGGAGUGGUCACGAUCUGUUGGACCUCACUACGCGCUUCGAUCGCUCAGCUUCCGCGCUCUCAGAGUGUGUCAACGGCCUCGUCAUGUGGCUCGAGCGCCACUGGCGACAUCUCUUUGAGUUCGAUCCGGAGGGUGUCAUGCAUCCGGAUAAUCUUAGCGCAUAUGCGCGUGCCUUCCGACGUGCUGGGUGCCCUCUUAAACGAGUAUGGGGCAUGAUAGAUUGCACCAUCCGCGCCAUCUGUCGGCCCUCACUCUUCCAACGACUGUUCUAUUCGGGCCAUAAGCGUUAUCAUGCCCUCAAAUUUGAGAGCAUCGUUAUCCCGAAUGGGCUUAUAGCAUUUCUCUUUGGGCCGGAGGCUGGACGACGGAACGAUUUGCACCUUCUCGACAUCAGCGGCAUCGUAGAACUAUGCUACGAUUACUGCUUCACGAUGUCGGCAGAUGGCACGCGCCGUUACUUCCAGCUCUAUGGCGAUGGUGCCUACGGCGAUAGUGAGGUACUCCUCAGCCCCUUCACCGCCGAUGGGGAGGAUCUUGAACCUGAGGAACAAUGGUUUAAUACCGACAUGGGCGAUAUGCGUGUUGCGGUCGAGCAUGGUUAUGGUAUUGUUGUCAACAAUUGGCCCUUCCUGAACUGUACCUCUAAACAUCGUCUGUUUCUGUCUCCAGUUGCUAGCUAUUACCGUGUUGCAGUACUCCUUACGAACAUCCAGAACUGUCUAUACCCCAACCAAGUCUCGCAGAAAUUUGACCUCAUGCCUCCCACUGUCGAAGAAUACCUUCACGAUUAA